UGUGUAAAUCCUCAUCAACCUUCACACAAAGUUCACAUACUUUUCUUUAAGAAUUAACCAUCCCUGUUAUUGAAUAAGGAGUUUGCAAUAUUCUUAGAGAAAUGGAGCUUUCCAACAUGAAUCAAACUGCUGAAAUGAAUAGGACACCAAGUGAGCAACAAAAAUUGGAAGAUUGGUUGCCCAUAAGUGCAUCUAGAAAAGCAAAAUGGUGGUAUUCAUCUUUCCACAAUGUCACAGCUAUGGUGGGUGCUGGUGUGCUUGGCUUGCCAUUUGCUUUAGCCCAACUUGGAUGGAUACCAGGUGUUCUAAUGAUUGUAAUUUCGUGGAUUCUCACAUUUUAUUCUCUAUGGCAACUCAUUGAAUUGCAUGAAUAUGUUCCUGGGAAGAGAUUUGACCGAUACUUUGAUUUGGGACGACAUGUUUUGGGGCCUAAGAAAGGGUUUUGGUUGGUAAUGCCACAACAACUAGUAGUUCAAGUGGCAUCAACCAUUGUGUAUUGUGUCACCGGUGGGAAGUCAUUGAAGAAGUUCUUUGAUAUACUUAUUCCAGCCAUGACUCACGUUAGACAAACAUACUUUAUUCUCUUCUUUGUGUUUAUACAGAUAUUACUUUCCCAAACUCCUAAUUUCAAUAAUUUGAAAGCAGUUUCUUCUUUGGCUGCUCUGAUGUCUAUCUGUUAUUCUAUGGUGGCAUUUAUUAUGUCAAUGGUUGAGGGUUUUGACCACCAUCCUUCUCAUUAUGGCGUUCGAUCCCAUACAACUCCUGGGAUGGUUUUUGAUGCUUUUAAUGCCCUUGGAACCGUAGCAUUUGCUUUUGCUGGACAUAGUGUUGCUUCAGAAAUUCAAGCUACAUUACCCUCAACAGAAGAAAAACCUUCCAAAGUUCCAAUGUGGCGAGGGGUGCUAGUGGCAUACACCAUAGUUAUUAUUUGUUAUUUAUCAGUUGCAGUAUCUGGCUUUUGGGCAUUUGGAACCGAAGUUGAUGAUGAUGUCCUCAUCACACUCCAACGCCCUAAUUGGCUUAUAGCUAUUGCUAACUUUAUGGUAUUCAUUCAUGUCUUAGGGAGCUUUCAGGUUUUUGCUAUGCCCGUGUUUGAUACAAUGGAGACAAAUUUGGUGCAAAAAUGGAACUUUACUCCCUCAAAGAUGCUUCGCUUAAUUAGCCGAAGCAUAUAUGUUUGUGUGGUGGGACUUAUUGGCAUGUGUAUUCCAUUUUUUGGAGGAUUGUUGGGUUUCUUUGGAGGACUUGCUUUCACAUCAACAUCAUAUAUUAUUCCUGGUGUAUUAUGGCUUAAUGCCAAAGAACCUAAAAGAUGGAGUUUUCAUUGGAUUGCUUCAUGGGUUUGUAUCAUUCUUGGAACUAUAGUAGCGGUUGUUGCACCCAUUGGAGGAGUCCGAACAAUUGUUGUUUCCGCAAAGACUUACAAGUUAUUUUCUUGAUAGAAGAUUAGUGUUGAUAAUUAUGUUAUAUAAUAUGUUAUGUAGAAGAGUUUGCAAUAAACUUUUUUUCUACACUAUUUCGCAAAAAUUUUAGUUGCGAAAUUAUUGACAGUUGUAGAUAAUUUUUUCAAUACAAUGAUGGUUAUCAAUGUGGUGCUAAGUGAGAUGAGGAUCAAUAGUUAGGAAAAACAUUUUUGUCAUUCUAAGAGUGUAUUUGUCGUUCCAAUUAAUAA